AAUACGCUCACCCACUUCAAUUAUGGAUCACCGGUCUGCGCAAAGUGAUAUAGAAGAGAGGGUUAUUGGCGAAGAAUAUAAGAUCUGGAAAAGGAACGCUCCCUUCUUGUAUGAUACUGUCAUGACACACGCAUUAGAAUGGCCAACGCUCACAGUACAAUGGAUGCCGGGCGCCAGUCGGUCGACAUCGAAUGAUUAUGAUCUGCAUAAACUAUUAUUAGGAACUCAUACCUCUAACGGAGAGCAAAAUUAUCUUAUGGUCGCAGCCGUCAAAUUGCCAACCGCAGAUACUGAUUUCGUGGAGAAUAGCCUCACUAAUCCUCCUUCAGCUAAGGGAAAGAUUGAAAUCAAGAUAAAGAUUCUGCAUCAGGGAGAAGUGAAUAGGGCUAGGUACAUGCCGCAAAAUCCGUUCAUUGUUGCGACCAAAUCUCCUUGUGCUGAUGUGUUUGUCUUCGACAUGUCAAAACAUCCGUCCGUCCCGAGCGCGGGAAAGGGUUUCUGUCCAGAACAUCAUUGCACCGGACAUUCGAAGGAAGGAUACGGUCUGUCCUGGAAUCCGCAUCGUACAGGCCAGUUGUUAAGUGGUUCAGAUGAUGCGCAAAUUUGUCUUUGGGAUGUGAAUGAAGCCGGGCAAAGUGUCCCAUGCGUUGCCUCCUGGAACGGACACUUAGACGUGAUCGAGGAUGUAGCUUGGCACCAACAGUGUCCGACCAUUUUUGGAUCAGUUGGUGAUGACCGGCGAUUCCUCUUGUGGGACGCACGUGCGAACCAUACAGAACGCCCAAUGAUUCUUGUAGACCAUGCCCACGAUGAUGACAUCAACACACUGGCAUUUAGCCCACAAAAUGAAUUUCUUGGUGUCACUGGUUCCACUGAUGCAACGGUAAAAUUGUGGGAUCUAAGGAAUACUUCUGGAGCUGUAUAUACACUUCGAGGACACCACAAGGAGGUUUUCCAGCUUCAGUGGUCUCCUUGCAAUGAAUCUGUGGUGGCCUCCUGUGGUGCUGAUAGAAGAGUUAACAUCUGGGAUUUGAGCAGGAUUGGUACAGACGCCUCGCCGAGUGAUGUGGACAAUGCCCCAAAAGAGUUACUCUUUGUUCAUGGCGGGCACACUAGUAAGGUAUCAGACUUUAGUUGGAACACGAUAGAUCCUUGGGUCUUUUCAUCAGUCUCUGAAGACAAUGUCUUGCAGAUCUGGAAACCGGCUGAUUUCGCUCGGGGACAGUUUCCGGUAAAAAGUUAAUCGCACAGUUACUGAUCUAGUCUCAGCUUUGGACGUGGAACUUUUGAGUCCUACGCCGCUGAGUGGUGCCUUGGCUUGCUAGGGCCAUGUCUGGCAGCAUAGCUUCAUCGAGAGUUCGAUAUUGAUUCAUUGACAAUCUCAGACCAGGCUGGCCAAUUUCGAAACAAAGUUUGGGUUACGUCAAGACAUGUUUUAGUUUGCCAACACCUUCAGGUUCAUCCUCUUGAAUAGGGCCGGACCUGUGUCUGUUUGCUUUGAUGCCUGCCGGGUCGACCCAUUCGUGCCACCCUAGCCGCCGGACUCGUCGGGUAGUCAGCACAAAGGCCCGGGGUGGCCAGCACGGAAUCGGCGCAGUGGCGUCGGCCCACUGGCACGCGCGCGUGCGAGCUCUGGGUCGAAGUCACAAUGUGGCUAACCUACCCCAGGGGCGCCCAGCCCGCGGGAAAUUCGACGCGUUCUAGUUUGGGGGCCGCCCGGCCCCCCGGCGCCUGAAUAAAGCCCCUGGGGCCAGC